AUGAAAAUAUUUUUGGUAAUAGUAUCAGUUUUCAUUUUAAUUUUUGAUGAAUUUAUUACUGAUGCAACUUAUUUAUCACCGCCAAUAUAUACAUUCGAUAAGAAUGAAAUAAAUAUUAUUGCCGAAUUUGGAUUCUUAGAGGGAGGUCAUUUCUCAUUGCAUGCAAUAAAAAAACCAGAGAAAUAUAAAUAUAUUUACAAUGAUACUUCAAUUUUUGGGUUAUGUACAUUUGAUGAAUUAAAUAAUAUAGGGGAUAUCAACCCUUGUCAAAUGACUUUACCAUCUAACAAUAAUACUACUAAUAGUAAUAAUAGUAAUAAUAAUACUAAUAAUAAUAAUAAUAAUAAUUUUAAUUAUAAUAAUAAUAAUUAUAAUAAUUUUAAUUAUAAUAAUAUAAAUAAUAAUAAUAAUAGUGGUAUUGGUGGAGGUGUAAAAAAUAUUAUAUUAAAAGGUUGUAAAAUUUUAAAUUUAUCAACUCUUAAUGAAACUAAAUGGACAGGUACAAUUGAUGAAACCGAUUAUUAUGCAUACGUUUAUUUCAGUUGUUUUAAGGGUACACAAUCAAUUAAAAUGGAGAUAUCAGUGGAAAGUUUAAAUCCAGGUAAUAAUCAUCUCAGUUUUGAGUAUUUGAUGUUCCCAUCUACCUAUUUGGCAUUUAUUGUGGUAUGGAGUUUUUUAUCUCUACUUUGGCUGAUAAAUUAUCUCACUCAUUAUUGGCUCUCCACCAAAUUACAUUGGAUCAUCUCGUUGAUUCCAAUUUCAACUUUGAUUAAUCAAGUGUAUUCUUUGAUUUUAUUUGAGAAAUUAAAAAGUGAUGGUGCACUUGGUUCGGCAACCUUUGUUUUCAAUUCAUUACUUUACUCCUUACAAUUGGUAGUAUUAUUAAUUGUACUAAUGCUCAUUGCUAUGGGUUAUGCUAUCAUUCCAAAGCAGUUUAAAAAAGUUAAUCUAUUAAUUAUUGUAAUGGCUAUCAUAAUUUUCGUUGGUACUUUUAUUGGUUCAUACUAUAGUGGUCAUUAUAAUUAUGUUAUUUUAAUUACAUAUUUUCCAGUUGCAUUAUUUAUUAUAUUUGUUACACAAAAUAAUAUUAAGAGAAUUAAAAGAUUUUUAAGGAAUAAAGAAAAAGAAUGUGAUAUGGUACCAAUUGAUUCUUCAUCAUCCAAUGGUGGUAGUGUUAUAACAAAUCAAGUUGGAAAUAUACCUACUAUCACCAUUACCACUACCAGUACCAACACCAACACCGACACUAACAUUAACACUAACACUAGCACCAACACUAACACUAACACCAACACCACAACAAAUUCCAACAAUGAAAAUCAAAUCAAUAUAACCAAAAUUAAAAGUAUCUAUUACUUAUUUAUAUCAUUUAAAUGGAUUAUGGUUCCAUAUGUUUUGAUUACUAUUAUUAUAUCUUUAAUAUCUAUUUACAUUUAUCAACCUUGGAUAUUCUUAUUCAUUCAAUUCCUUUUGAAUGUUACUCUUUUCAUUUUGAUCGCUAUAGUAUUUAGAUUAAAAAAAUCAAAAAAAGGUUCCUUUUAUGAAUUCUUUGACGAAAAUAAUUUUAAUGAUAAAUCAAAUGAUUUGGAAUAA